AGUCCCUAAGAAAUUUGUGAUUACCAUCUGAUCACCUCAAAAUACCCAAAGGGCAUCUUCUCCCAAUUAACUUCUAUACCUAUAUAACAAUCCAUCCACUUCUAAUUGUCUUCAACACUUGGUUUGAGUUUUAUAGUCACGUUUUGAUUGACAAAUAAUGGAGGCCUUCAUGGAGGAGUUUCAACAUCUAAAGAUCCAACUACAAGAGAUAAACUUAGCCACCAACAACUUUGAUAUGAACAAUGUUAUCGGAAAAGGUGGAUUUGGGAUGGUGUACGAAGGAGUACUUUCUCACUCCAAGGGACAAAGCAUGGUUGCUUUCAAGCGUUUAAAUCGUAGCAAUGGUCAAGGAAACUGUGAGUUCUUGAAAGAGAUAAUGAUGCUCUCCCGAUACACACAUGAAAAUCUCAUUUCUCUACUGGGAUUUUGCGAUGAAGAUGAUGAAAAGAUCCUUGUGUACGAGCAUGCAUAUAAUGGAAGCCUUGAUCGCCAUUUGAGUAACACUGCCAUCACGUGGAUGCAACGUCUCAAGAUAUGCCUUGGGGCUGCAAUGGGAUUGUGCUACCUUCAUGAUCCAAAGGAGACACAUCAAAGAGUUCUCCACCGAGAUAUAAAAAGUUCCAACAUUUUGCUAGAUGAGAAUUGGAAUGCAAAAGUCUCCGACAUGGGGUUGUCCAAAAUAGGACUUGCUAACCAACAACACACGGCACUUGUCUCCAACGUUGUAGGUACCUUUGGGUAUGUGGAUCCAAUGUAUGCGGAGAACAGUAUCCUAACGAAAGAGUCAGAUGUAUAUUCUUUUGGCGUGGUCUUGUUUGAAGUAUUGUGUGGGAGACUAUGCUUUGAAAUUAAUGAUGGUGAUCAUUUUCAGUGUUUAGUGCGGACGUGGAAACAAAGCUAUAAACAAAAGAAAUUGGAUGAGAUUAUCUUUCAAGAUUUGAAGCAAUACAUAGAUCCACGUUCACUAGAAAUAUUUUCAGCCAUUGCGUAUCAAUGUUUGCAGAAAUAUCGUGAAGCACGACCAACGAUGUCUCACAUUGUGGAAUAUCUUGGGAUUGCACUUCGGCUUCAGGAGAUUUUUGAAAAGGUAGGACAACCAAUGAACUUUGAAGAGAUGAUUAAGAUUGAGGUAUCCAAAGGGAAACUAAAGAUGCUUCUCUCUCGUCAAGGAAUGCUCAUUAACGGGGGCAAAAUGGGAAUAGGUGUGGCCAAAUCCAUUGUUGAAACGCCAACAAGUGUACCACAAAAGGAAAAACCUUUAAAGUGUCCCAGAUGCGAUUCAACAAACACAAAGUUUUGCUAUUACAACAACUACAGUCUUACUCAACCAAGACACUUUUGCAAGUCUUGUAGAAGGUAUUGGACUCUUAAUGGGUCUCUAAGAAAUGUUCGCGUUGGCGGUGGUUCAAGAAAACCUAAGCGACCAUUUCAAGACUUGUAGAAGGUAUUACAAGGAAUUGGCCAAUUUUAGAAAAUUUGUGAUUUAUUUUUUCAAUCCCAAACAAGGCCUUGUCCCUUUUUUAAUUUUCGGAAACAAAAUGUAGUUUCCUUUGUUUUGAAAAGUACAUGUAACUUAUAUCACUUGAUUUUAUGGUGAAUUCUUUAAGAUAUAAUAUUGAAGAGAAAAUGUUUAUUCAAGACAAUUACAUACAGUGUUGGAUUAAUUGCAGAAAAAAGCAAUGUAUUUUCAUGUAUCAGUUUACUUUAACAUCUUACUUUCAUUUUUUAUACAUCAUUAAAGAAUUGUAUAUAGAUGACAAUGUUAUAAUCUGAUGGAUUUUUCAAAGUAAAAUGUUGCAAUAGAAAGAAACAAAAAAAUAUGUUGAUAUUUCUUGCAUUUAACCCACAAACACAAUCGUUUUCAAAUAUUCCAAAAGCCAAAAAAAGAGUCAUAAUCAUUCAUAUGAAGAAACAACUAAAAAGACAAGAAAAAAUGAAUUCCAAACGAUACAUUAUCAUUGUUCACCAAGAAACUAAACUGUUAAAAAGAUAAAUUCACGAUUACAGUUACAUUAAGAGAAACAAUAAUUUCCAAAAAAAAAAAACAA